CUCCCGUUAAACAUCACAUCAUAAAAGUAGCUCCGACAGCCCCUUCAUCGUCCCCUCAAAAUACGCCAAAGCAAAGCCUGCAGUUAUAUACAAUAAAUUUCCCACAUCAACUCAUACUCCACACUGAAGAAAUUCAAAGCUUUUUCCAGGCGUGCAUUCCCAUUUACUAUUUCCAGAUUUAAGUCUUGAGUAGAUCAAUUUGAAAGCAUGGGAGAUGUUUCUGUAUCAACCUCUCUGUCCUUUGAGUUGAAUACAGGAGCUAAAAUACCAGCUGUAGGACUGGGAACAUGGCAGACUUCACCUGGAGUUGUUGGAGAUGCUGUCAAAGCAGCUAUAAAGGUUGGUUACAGACAUAUUGAUUGUGCACGUGCAUAUGAAAAUGAAAAAGAGGUUGGUCUUGCAUUGAAAGAAAUGUUUGAAAUGAAUGUGGUGAAGCGUGAAGAUAUGUGGAUUACAUCCAAACUUCGGGUCAGUGAUUGUGCCCCUGGAAAGGUGGCAGGAGCCUUGGAUAGUACUUUGCAAGACCUGCAGUUGGACUAUAUUGAUCUUUACCUUAUGCAUUGGCCAAAUGCUGAUAUUCCCAGCACAUGGAAAGCAAUGGAGAAACUUGUAGAUACUGGAAAAGUCCGUGCUAUUGGUGUAAGCAAUUUUUCUUCCAAGAAGUUGCAGGAUAUGCUUGCCUAUGCAAUAGUGGUGCCAGCUGUGAACCAGGUUGAGCGCCAUCCGGUGUGGCAGCAGCACAAUCUUCAAGCUUUUUGCAAGUCUAAGGGCAUUCAUGUAUCGGCAUACUCUCCACUGGGCUCUCCAGGUACUGAAUGGUUUAAAGUGAAAGUAAAAAUUCUAGAGCAUCCUGUGCUGAAGCAAGUGGCAAAAGAAUUGGGCAAGACGCCUGCACAAGUUGCACUUCGCUGGGGUGUACAAAGUGGUUAUAGUGUGCUUCCAAAAAGCAGCAGUGAAGAUAGAAUCAAAGAAAAUCUUGAUGUAUUUGAUUGGUCAAUCCCUCAAGAGUUAUUUGAUAAGUUUUCCCAAAUUGAACAGGUAAGGUUGCUUCGAGGAGAUUUUCUUGCCAACCCAACACGUGGCCCAUUCAAAAGUUUGGAGGAACUUUGGGAUGGAGAAAUCUGAGACAAUUUAUAUGUUCAGACUCGGCCUUGUCUACAAAUAGGGAAGAGGAAAUCCUCGAUGCAUUUGCCUGGGUUACCUUCCCGGGCUUCAUCUAGUUAUGUUUGCAAUUUUUUUUUGGCGUCCGUUUUUAACGAUAGCACUUUUCUAGAUGUAGUUUUUUGCAUUGUUUUGACGUCUUUUGAUCGUUUAAGAACAUUAUUAUAGUUUAGCUACUCAUUUUUAUCAGUUCAAGCGAUAGAUAUUAGAGAUCAAAUGGGUAGUUGGAGCUUUAGCAUAAAGGAAGAUGUAGUGCACCAAGGAAUGGAGAAAUCUAUAAUAGAUUUUGAGGAAUCAACAGAAAAUAGCCUGAGAAAAAAUCUGUACAAGUUAUAUAAUUUGAAACUGCAGCUGACUGAAACUUGUCUAUCAUUUGUAUGUUAUUUUGAUAUAUAUAUAUAUUUAAUAAACUA